AUGCGCCCAGCCCCGCUCCCCGCCGGCGGCCGCGCGCCUCCGCCCGCCCCGCCCGCCCCCCGCACCCCCCGCGCCCCGCGCGCCACCGCGGCCUGCCCCGCGCCCCGCCCGCCCCUCCCCGCGCCCCGGCCCGGCCAGCGCGCCGCGCCCCCGUGGCCCGAGACCCCGGCCCUCCCCUGCGCGCUGCAGCCAGAGAAGGCAGCGGGGGGCAGCAGAGACCGGUUUAACCCAGUUAGGCGUCUCCCGUCCGAAAGAGAUAUGAGGAUGGAAAACCGUGAGUGGAUGUACGCGGGCUUCGCAUGUAGGACCACAGAGUGGGUUCAAAAGUCCAUGGCGUUCUUGGAGGAGAUGGUUGGCUACUUUGGGGCGAUUCAGAUACCAGGUGCGGUAAUACCUCCCAUCCCUCCCUCGUUACUACAGCAACUAGAGGCAGCGCAGGCAGGUGGUGGGCCAGUGAUGUAUUUCGGGACCCCGCCACAGUCAGCAGGUUCGAACCCGACUCCACCAGAGGAGCCUUCUCCACAGGGGCCUUCUCCACAGGGAGGGUUGCACGGUGCCCCUCCUCCACAGUACGUGUACCCUGGCGCUGCUCCGCAGUACACGUGGCCCCCUCGGUGCCCUCCGCAGUUCACUUGGCCAGGGUACUCGACUCGCCCUCCUCCACAGGCCGGGGUCUACGGUGGCCCUCUUCCGCACGCCGGGUGGCCGCCUCUCCCUCGUCCGCCGCCGGGUGGCUCUACUCAGCCGCAUCAGGGUGACCCUGUGUGGGACCAGUGGGCUGAUUCACACUCUGCUCACCAGGGGGAGCCGUAG